GUCGGGGUGCGCGUGGUCAGGGAUCCUGGUUCUGGCUGAGAGCUGCUGAGAACCGUGGAAGGCGUGGAGCUCCGCUGCAAGGCUUGAAUGAUGCGGAAGGUGGUUUUGAUUACCGGGGCGAGCAGUGGCAUUGGGCUGGCCCUUUGCGGUCGGCUGUUGGCAGAAGACGAUGACCUUCACCUGUGUUUGGCGUGUAGGAACCUGAGCAAAGCAGGAGCUGUCCGUGAUGCCCUGCUGGCCUCUCACCCCUCUGCUGAGGUCAGCAUUGUGCAGAUGGAUGUCAGCAACCUGCAGUCGGUGGUCCGGGGAGCAGAGGAAGUCAGGCGAAGGUUUCAAAGAUUAGACUACUUAUACCUGAACGCCGGAAUCAUGCCUAACCCCCAGCUAAACCUCAAAGCGUUUUUCUGUGGUAUCUUUUCAAGAAAUGUGAUUCAUAUGUUCUCCACAGCGGAAGGACUUUUGACCCAGAAUGACAAGAUUACUGCUGAUGGGUUCCAGGAGGUGUUUGAAACCAAUCUCUUUGGCCACUUUAUCCUGAUUCGGGAACUGGAACCACUUCUCUGCCACAGUGACAACCCCUCUCAGCUCAUCUGGACGUCUUCUCGAAAUGCAAAGAAGUCUAACUUCAGUCUUGAGGACAUCCAGCACGCCAAAGGCCAGGAACCUUACAGCUCUUCCAAAUACGCUACUGACCUCCUGAAUGUGGCUUUGAACAGGAAUUUCAAUCAGAAGGGUCUGUAUUCCAGUGUGAUGUGUCCAGGGGUCGUAAUGACCAAUCUGACGUACGGGAUUCUGCCCCCCUUUAUUUGGACCUUGCUUCUCCCGGUGAUAUGGCUCCUUCGCUUUUUUGCACAUGCGUUCACUGUGACACCGUACAAUGGUGCAGAGGCAUUGGUAUGGCUUUUCCACCAAAAACCGGAGUCUCUCAAUCCUCUGACCAAAUACCUGAGCGGCACCACGGGAUUAGGGACUAAUUAUGUCAAGGGCCAAAAGAUGGACAUAGAUGAAGACACUGCAGAAAAGUUCUACAAGACCUUACUGGAGCUGGAAAAGCAAGUCAGGAUCACCAUUCAGAAAUCAGAUCACCACGGCUGACGACGACGUUCCCCAGAGCAUCCGGUCCACGUACGCCCUGGUGCACACGGCUUUCUAUCGUGCUGGGUGAUACAUGUUUGUAGUAAACCAUAAGCCAUGAUGAUCUCUCCUCCUACUUUUUAGAAUGGUCUCCAAGGCUGCGUGGGUGCACUUGUGAGAAAGGCGUGGCAAAGCAGAGGGGCCAGCUGAAUACCCUCCAGAGUAGUGUCCUGUCAGAAUUGCUAGAGGCUUCCCGCAGAGCAUCCUCGGAUAGCGUUCUGCCACCCGGAGCCCAGUAGUUUAGACUUGCGUGAUGGGGACACAGUACAGCCUGAAUCUUCUUUUAGUCCCAGCGAGGAGAGGCAAUGCUACUGACUAGGACUUCUACUUCCUUUGCUUUUCUCCAUGAUCCCUUUUAUUUAACUCUCUUUACAUUCUUCUUCAUAUGCUGCUUUGGAUAAUCUUAUACGUUGUCUGAGCACGUGGCCCCACGUGACCGCCCACGCAGUCAUUUUCAGGAACAAAGUAUGUUUGUGUUUGGGCCACAAGCAUGGUUUCUGAUCUUUAAUAACAUCUGCAGAUGUAUUCAUUAUGAACAGCUUAUCGACAGGAUAGUUCACUGGAAUUAAACUUAUAGCAAAAAUC